AUGGCAGACAGUGACUCAGAUACUGCAAGCUCAGUCGGCAGCAUCUUUGAGGACGCAAGCGAGCCAGAUACGACUAGCUUCAAAUGCCUCUUCUGCGACCAACAAUGGUGUCGCGUAUCGGACAUGGGAGAACAUUGCGCGACGGAACACAGUUUCAAUCUGCAUGAGACGAUCCAGAAGCUGGGACCCGACGCGGACGAGCUUACAAUCAUCAAAUUGAUAAACUACCUGCGAGUAAGGGCAAAGGAUGGCAUAGAUCCCAAGAGAAUUGACGUGUCACUAGAAGACGUUGCUAGCGACGACUACCUGCUACCUGUUCUGGAAGAUGACGCCCUUUUGUUCGAGCUUGGAGAUCUUAUGCCAGAUACGGAUUCCAAGCCUGUUGACUACAAUGACUUUGAAGCUGCGCUGCAUAAGGACAUGCCAGAGGACUUGUCAAAUAUCAAGCUUACCAAUGACCGGGACCAAGAUUAUUUUGAAUCAUACAAAGGCAACAGCAUCCACCGUGAGAUGAUCGAGGAUCGCGUGCGGACCGAGGGCUACCGAGAUUUCAUCGAAAAAAACUCCGAAAUAUUCGCUGGCAAGACCGUGCUAGACGUCGGAUGCGGUACUGGCAUCUUGUCGCUAUUUUGCGCAAGAGCGGGCGCGAAGAAAGUCUUCGCGGUCGACAACUCCGGCAUUGCUGUCCGAGCGAAAGAAAUUAUCGAGAAGAACGGAUAUCAACAGCGCAUCGAAGUAAUCCAGGGACGAGUCGAGGAUUUCAACACCCAGCGACUGAUCGGAAAGGAAAAGGUUGACAUUAUCAUCUCGGAAUGGAUGGGUUACGGUCUGCUCUUCGAAGGCAUGCUAGAUUCCGUGCUACGUGCGCGGGAUAUGUACUUGAAGGAAGGCGGCAUCAUGGUCCCCAGUCAUUGCAAUAUCCGCCUCGCACCUAUUUCAGAUGCGGAGUGGAUCGCAGACAGCACGAGCGAGAAGUUCUGGAACAACGUUUAUGGCUUCAACUUCUCGCCCAUGAUACCAGGCGGUCUGCUCAACACACAUGAGAUUGGUGUAUUCGAUGUACCAGAGAAAGCACUCUGCGGCUCUGCAACAUCACACCUCCUCGAGACGAAGACCGUGUCCGUCGAAGAUCUCAGCUUCACAACCCCUCUCCGGAUUACGCUCGAUCGCGACAUCACCUCACUCCACGCAAUUGCAAUCUGGUUCGACACCAUCUUCAUCCACCCGAGUAGCUCACAGGACGUCAAGAUGCUAGACACGGUUCAUUGGGGCAAGAACGGCAUUCCAGGCCUAGGGUUCUCGACCGGACCGAGUAAUACGCCGACGCAUUGGCAUCAAGCUGUCCUAUUACUCGAUAGGGAUAUUGCAGAGAAACAGGUACUUCGGAAGGGGACGGUGUUGGAGGGCAGCCUGACGUAUGCAAAGGAGAAAGGUGACGAUCGGGGGAUUACAGUUACAGUAGAGUGGAAAGGGCCGGGCGAUGACGGGGAGGUUGAGGGGAGGGUGCAGAGGACGAUGGCAUGA